GGAGGCGCCUUGGGAAGGGGGGGGCGCAGGCCCCCCGGGCGGCCGCGGCCACUCCCCUCCCCCGGGGCCAGCGCGGGGGAGGCGGAGGAUGGAAACACCCUUCUACAGCGAUGAGGCUCUGAGCGGCCUGGGCGGCGGCGCCAGCGGCACCGGCGGGGGUGGCUUCGCGUCCCCGGGCCGACUGUUUCCCGGGGCGCCCCCGACGACGGCGGCAGCGGCCGGCAGUAUGCUGAAGAAGGACGCGCUGACACUGAGCCUGAGUGAGCAGUUGGCGGCAGCGCUCAAGCCCACGGUCGCGCCACCCCCGGCCUCUCUCCGCGCCGACGGGGCCCCGGGCGCGGCGCCCCCCGACGGCCUGUUGGCCUCCCCGGACCUGGGGCUGCUCAAGCUGGCCUCGCCCGAGCUGGAGCGCCUCAUCAUCCAGUCCAACGGGCUGGUUACCACCACGCCGACUAGCACGCAGUUCCUCUACCCCAAGGUGGCGGCCAGCGAGGAACAAGAGUUCGCCGAAGGCUUCGUCAAGGCGCUGGAGGACCUGCACAAACAGAACCAGCUGGGCGCCGCUGCGCCUCGGUGGCAGGAUGAACUUCCCUGCACCUGCAUCGUUGUGUACAUGCUGCUGAGCAUGGAGUGA